GAAGGAGGAACGGAAAGAGAAAGGGCUGGGCAGCCAUCGGGUUCUUUCUUGCUCCAAUCCAGAUCCAUCCUUGCUCCCGGCGGCUUUGGCAGCGCCCGGAAAACUUGCAGCAGCCCAGCCGGGAGCCCCACGGAGCAUUGCAAGUUGGAGGAACUCCAUGAAAGGCUCCAGCAGGGCCCCAAGCGGAUUCAGGGCCCGGGCUGGAUGCUCGAUCCCCGCCUGGUCGGUUCUUCCAAAGCCUUGCAGCCCCGCGAUCUAGGCACUCGGAGCGGAGAUCGGAGGGCAGGGCUCGCCGGAGCGAAACCUCCAGCCCCCCGUGCCCCGUCCCCGGGCAUUUUGCAAAAGGCCCCCGGAGCUUUUGUUUUCCAUCCGACGGCUGCAUUUCCCGCCCCCGCGUCCCCCAGCCACAAAAGCUUCGACAGAGGUGCGGGUGGCGGGCAGAGGCAGGGAAUGCGCCUGGCCGGGUUGCAACUUUGCAGCCGAACUCCCGGGAAAGUCCCCUCUGGAAAGGCCAAGCGCAAACCUCGGGGUGCUUUCCGUUUUGGGGUUUCCGCGCCCAACGUGCGCGCUUAGAAACGGCGGGCGGGGAAGGGGGGGCCGAGGGAAUAACGAGUGACCCGAUGGCUCGCUCUUUCAAGCAAAAAGAGCCUUUGGAGACGCGCGUGGAGGAGAAGACCCGGGCUGUGUGAAGGAACCCUCCCACGCUGUAACCUCGCGGCGUUUUCGCUUGGGACUUCUUUUUCCUCUUUUUUUCGCCCCCCGCUCUGAAAAGUACCGGAGGAGCCGAUCCUCGGUAGGCCCCCAAUGGCAGUUUUAAAUGGCUAGGAGGACUUUUCCCACCGAACCUCUCCAGGCCGGUCCCGAGCCGCGUUGCUGGAGUUGCAAGAUCUUCCUGCUUGUUCUUGGCCUCUUGCAGGAAGGCCAUGCUGAGAGUUCCCAAAGCAGGGCCUUCCGCCCCCAGCCGAGGGGCGCCUUCCCUCGUCCCCCCCCAGUCACAAAAGAAAAGCAUGUCUGUCGGCAGCUCUGCGGAGCUGGUGGUCGCCGGCCUCGCAGGGCCUCCGGUGCGAGCUCUCCCCGCAGCCUAUUUCGCUCAGGUGUACCCCCAAACUGCGGUGGUCGCUCCGUUCCCUCGAGGCAGUUGCCUUUAUGCCACCCCCCAUGGACCUGAGAUCAAAACCAUGCGAUCGGCCUCCACGGGAAAACUGCCGGCCAAGAGGAAAUUGGAUCUCGAAGGGACCGCUCAGCAGUGCGCCACAGAAUUCCGAACUCCAAAAGGCAAAGGGAGCACACUCCCGCACAUCCCUAGUCCAAAAACCCCCAAGUCUCCGGGAGAGAAGACCCGCUACGACACAUCUCUCGGCUUGCUGACCAAGAAGUUCAUUCACUUGCUCAGUGAGUCAGAAGACGGGGUGCUGGACUUGAAUCGGGCUGCCGAGGUGCUGGAGGUGCAAAAGCGACGUAUCUAUGAUAUCACCAACGUCCUGGAAGGGAUUCAGCUCAUUCGCAAGAAAUCCAAGAACAACAUCCAGUGGAUGGGAACGGGCCUUUUUGAAGACUCCUCCAUGGCAACGAAGCAGCAAGUCUUGCGGCAAGAACUGACCGAACUUUCAAAGGCCGAGAAGAUGUUGGACAAGCUCAUCCAGGAGUGCUCUCUUCAGUUAAAGCAUCUGACGGAGGAUGAGACCAACCAAAGGUUAGCCUAUGUCACCUAUCAGGAUAUCCGGGCCAUCAGCAAUUUUAACCAGCAGACCGUGAUUGUGGUGAGAGCACCCCCAGAAACUCGUCUCGAGGUGCCUGAAGUUUGCGAGGAGAACGUCCAGCUCCACCUAAGGAGUACCAAUGGCCCCAUUGAAGUCUACCUGUGCCCAGAAGAAAUCCUGGAAGAAAGCCCUGCCAAGGAGAGAUGCUUCCCUCUUCCAGCCCACCAGGAGAAUACUAAACUCACAACGGUGAAAGUGGAAUCGGUGAAGACGGAGCUGCCGAGCUGCCUGAUGGAGGGAGAGGAUGGUCUCCUAGAGCCCCCUCAGCACCUCCUGCAGCAGACAGAGGACCAGCUCCCUUCCACAGCCUAUGGAGACCCAGGCCCCUUUGUCAGUUUUUCCCCUCCCCUCGACCAAGAGGAUUAUCUGUGGGGACUGGAGGAGGGUGAGGGUGUAAGCGACUUGUUUGAUGCCUAUGAUUUGGGGGACUUGCUGAAAAACUGAAACCAGAGUUUCCUGGCCCUUCUCAUGGUGCUAACAGUAACCUCCACUGCAGAUACCCAGACCCAGAUUCCAAAGCUUUGGGUUUUUUCUUGGAAGCGUCUUUCUGCAUUUUGACCCCAGGGGUGUGGCUUGCAGGCUGGCCUCUCCAAUGGUUCUCCCUCCCUUUAGAAAAUCCGUGCCCGUUCAAGGCUUUCCCAGAGGAUAUUCGAUGGGCCCCAGUGCAGUAGAGCACCCUGCAUGCUGCAACGGGGGAAGCCGCUCCUGUCUUCUUCCUUCCAGCUUUUCUUUCUUCCCUUUUGGAAGUGCUGAGGGUCAAACCUGACUCUUUCCUGCAGCCCAAUGGAAAUUGCACGCAGUACUGCCAAUACCUUGGAGAAACUAGGAGGUCUUAAUUCGGUUGUCUGUUUUCUUGUUGGAUCCCACAUUUCUCACUGGGCAGAAAUACUCAGUCUAGGGCACUGUGCAUGCCCUGUGCAGUUCAUUGGAGAAGGGCCUACAGAUCUGCCCCCAGAAA